AUGCUUCGUCUCGCUUUUGUUCCAGUCGUCGCCGUGUAUGUGUUCGGCGAACACAAGAGAGCAAAUGCUAGCACGACAGCAGAAGCACAAACGCUCAGUUGUUUGACUGAGAUGAACGAGGCGAGGACUGCCGCAGGACUACCGGCGUUUGGGGAAGCAUCCGAGACGCCGCUGUUGUCUUGCUCUCUCUUCUAUUUUGUGGAGGAAAGCGGCGAGACCCCUGAAGCUAAAAACCUAGGGGGAACUUUUGCAUACUACCCCGGCAAGAAGGACUCUACAGCGGCGGUGCAGCACUGGGAAGACGGCUUUUGUCUCUUCAAUAACGAGAUCCCCCCAAAGUACAAGUGCUUGAAUGACCCUGAAGUGUAUGAUAACAGGGCUGUCUCCUUUGUCGCCCUCUAUAGCCCUAAGGCGAACCCUAUUGCCAGCUACGCCUUUGUCACCUGCACAACUGCGGACACAUAUUCUGCCGGGAAGACCUCUACAAGCCACAACAGCCCGAUAUUAAGAAGACUCCAAGGUGAAAAUCAAAACGCUACUGCAGUUAUCUGCUUAACGAACCCAGUGGCACUAACUACUGAAGAAGCGCCAUUCACGGAAGAUGAAUGGCAGAAGGUUGCUCACUCUAUAGUUGGUACUGAAGUGGGCAACGGCAUUUCAUUGAUCAGACCGUCAUCGGCACUUGGGGUCAUAAUGACAAUUUCCGUCUACGGUCUUCUAUAG